AUGAAGCCGAAUUUGAAUCGUUCAGAUGAAGUUGUUUGGGGUUUAACAAAAAAUGGUAUCUAUUCCUCUAAGAGUGGAUAUCAGCUGCUCGAUACCUUGGAAGUGCUCUCAUCUCCGACUACUUUGGUUACUCCCCCAGUUGAAAAGCAGUUGUGGACGGCUAUAUGGAAGACCAAGACGACUCCAAAGCUGCGUCAUUUUCUCUGGCGUACUCUCUCAGGUGCUCUGGCAGUUAAGGAGAGAUUGAGGUCCAGGGGCAUUCUUCUCGAUACAACAUGCUCCUCAUGUAACGAGGCCCCCGAAGACAUUGGUCAUGUUCUUUUUCACUGCAGAUUUGCUCAGGAGGUGUGGGCAUUGUCCUCGGUUCCUAUGCCUCCGUCAGGGUCCUGGUCUCGCUCUAUUUUCCUGAACCUGCAUCAUUUGAUCUCGUGUAGUAGGAAGAGAAACUUGUCGCCUGAGAGAGGUCUCAUAUUUCCCUGGAUUUUAUGGCAUAUAUGGAAGGCUAUAAAUAGCUUAUGUUUUGAUCAUAUCAGAUUGGAUCCAGCGGUGGUUAUGGAUAAAUCCAAGAUGGAUGCUGAAAUAUGGAGGAACUUACAGACAGGUGUGAAAGGUCUGGCUAACCCGCCUGUUAGUCUGAAUCAUCGGGCUCAUGUUUGGUCUAAGCCGCCUGAUAGUUGGGUUAAAUGUAAUGUUGCUUCUUCUUUGGUCGUUUGUGAGAGUCAUAGUGGUGGUGCCCGGAUAGUCAGAGAUGCUACCGGCUCCGCGAUGUAUCAUAGCAGGAGAGCUUUCAGCAGACCAGAAACGAUUUUGGUAGUGGAUCUCAUUGCUUUAAAGUGGUCUGUGAAAGCUAUGGUUAGCUUAAAAGUGGAUAAAGUGAUGUUCGAAAUCUCAUCUGGUGUCUUGAGAGAUGCAUUUCACGGGAGAACAUUACUACCUCAUGUCUCUUGCUUGGUCUCAGAAAUCCUUCAAUGUCUCAAUCGUUUGUGA